AUGCUGUUCCGUCAAUUCGCUCUGGCUGCGGCCUCUAUCUCUCUCGCAAAGGCUGUCGAGCUUACAGGAUACGAAUAUGUCGUCGUUGGAAGUGGUGCCGGUGGUGGUCCUCUCGCUGCCCGCCUUGCCCUCGCUGGCCACAAGACACUUCUGAUUGAAGCUGGUGACGACCAGGGUGCUAACCAGAACUACACUGUACCUUCGUUCAACGCGAAGGUCUCUGAAGACCCCAGCCUGGCCUGGAACUUCUUCGUCAAGCACUACGCCGACGAGGACAGACAAGCCCGUGACUUCAAGACCUCCUACACCACACCGGAUGGUGGCGAGUACACCGGCUUGUCGCCCCCUGCUGGCUCUGUCCAGAAGGGAACCCUGUACCCUCGCACUGGUACCCUCGGUGGAUGCACAGCUCACAAUGCCCUGAUCGCUGUCUACCCUCACCAGUCUGACUUUGAGUACAUUCAGAACCUCACUGGUGACGACUCUUGGGCCCCUGACAACAUGCGCAAGUACUUUGUCAAGCUUGAAAAGAACGCUUACCUCACCACUGGUAAGGGUCACGGCUACGAGGGAUGGUUGGGCACCCAAUAUGCCCCCAUCGACAUCGUCACCAGCGAUCUUCAGCUCACGAGCAUGAUCAGCGGCGCUGCCUUCGCUCUUAGCAACAAGACCAACGCUAUCAUCAACCUGGCCACCCUCGUUGCUGGCGAUGCCAACGCCGACACCGAUGCCCGUGACUCUGACCCCGGUCUGUUCCAGAUCCCUCUGAGCACUGCCGACGGUCAGCGUACCGGUUCUCGUGAGUUUGUCGUCGCUGUCCGUGAUGCCACAUUCACCAACGGCACGAAGAGGUACCCUCUCGAUGUCAAGCUCAACACCCACGUCACCAAGAUCACAUUCGACGAGACCACUACUCCCCCCACUGCCACUGGAGUCGAGUUCCGCGAGGGCCAGUACCUCUACAAGGCCAGCCCCAAAAACACUGGUGCCACAGGUACUGCUGGUUCUGCUAAGGCUUCGCGCGAAGUCAUUGUUGCCGGUGGUACCUACAACUCUCCCCAGCUCCUCAAGCUUUCUGGUGUCGGUCCUUCCGACGAGUUGAAGAAGUUUGACAUUCCUGUCGUUGUUGACCUUCCCGGUGUCGGAACCAAUCUCCAGGACCACUACGAGAUCUCCGUUCAGGGCACAAUCGAGAACGACUUCUCUGCUCUGGACGGCUGCACCUUCAAGGGUGACGCUGCCGAUCCCUGCAUCAAGCGCUACAACACCCCCAUCCUUGGCAACCGCGGUAUCUACGCUUCCCCCGGUCUUGGUGCCAACAUGUUCUACCAGUCCAGCGUCGCGGAGAAGAACAACUGGGACAUCUUCGCCUUCGGUGGCCCUGUCAACUUCCGCGGUUACUUCCCCAGCUACAGCGUCAACGCCACCGCCGUCCACAACCUCUUCACCUGGGCUAUUCUCAAGGCCCAUCCCCGCAACAACGCUGGCUCCGUUACCCUCCAGUCUGCUGAUCCUCUCGAAGUCCCCGCUAUCACCUACAACUACUUCGACACCGGUGUGGGCGAGUGGGAGAAGGACGUCACUGCCAUGACUGAGGCCAUCGCUCUUACCCGUGACGCCUUCAAGCGCCAGCUUGUCCCUGUCACCGAGGUCCUCCCUGGUGCGGAUGUCACGACCUCCGAGCAGCUCUCCGACUACAUCAGGGACAGCGCAUGGGGCCACCACGCUUCGUCCACCUGCCCCAUCGGUGCCGAUGAUGACGAGCUUGCUGUGCUUGACAGCAACUUCAACGUCCGCGGAACCAAGGGUCUCCGUGUCGUUGAUGCUUCUGUCUUCCCCCGUAUCCCGGGCACCUUCACUGCCGUCUCGACCUACAUGGUCGCUGAGAAGGCUGCUGAUGUUAUCCUGGCUGCUGCUGAGGCUGCCUAG